CACUGAUGGGUGACAUUGAAAGGCAGCUCAGAUGGGCACUGAUAUGUGGCAUUGAUGUGCACUGGUAUGCACUGAUAUGUGGCAUAUAUGUGGGACUGAUGGGCACUGGCACGUGGCACUGAUGGGCACUGGCACGUGGCACUGAUGAGCACUGACAGGUGGCACUUCUGGGGCCACACUGAUCAUCAGGGCACACUGAUCAUCAGUGCCCUGAUGAUCACUGUCAGCGUGACAGCUCGAGAGGAGAGAAAUGCCGAUAACCGGCAUUUCCGUGUUUACAUGUGAUCAGCUGUGAUUGG